AUGUCCAGCACAGCACCCGCAAAACCCACAACCACGCCCCUGGGCAACCCUUUGAACAUUCCCAAAUGGCUAGAACAAAACUCACACCUCCUCAAACCCCCAAUCAACAACUACUGCGUCUACUCGGACCCAAUGACCGUCAUGAUCGUCGGCGGCCCCAACGCACGAACAGACUACCACAUCAACAGCACCCCUGAAUUCUUCUACCAGUACCGUGGUCGCAUGCUGCUCAAAACCGUUACUCCCGAAGGCUCCUUCCGCGACAUCUACAUCGACGAGGGCGAGAUUUUUCUCUUGCCAGGAAAUACGCCGCACAAUCCGGUUAGAUUUGCAGAUACGGUUGGCGUGGUGAUUGAGCAGCCUAGACCUGAAGGGGAGGAAGACAGGCUCAGGUGGUAUUGUGGUGGGUGUGGGGGUGUGGUGCAUGAGAAGAGUUUUGUGUGUACGGAUUUGGGGAGUCAGAUCAAGGAUGCGGUGAAUGCGUUUGGAGAAGAUGAGCAAGCGAGGACGUGCGGGAAGUGUGGGGAGGUUUGUGAUGUCAAGCCCAAGCCCGAGGUCAUGGAGAAGAUGAGGACGGGUCCACACGAUGCUUGA